AAAGUUUGCCUAAGCUAUAGAUGUGCUGACAUGGAUCGUGAAAUCCCUGCUCUUAUGGGUGUCUCAAAGGCUAUCCUUGAAAAUGUUAUAUUUGUGCAUCAAGAUGAGGCUAACUGGCCUUUGCAAGAUCCUUCUACAUUGAAAAAGAAGUUUGAUGAUAUCUUCUCUGCUACUAGGUACACAAAAGCCCUCGAAGUUAUCAAGAAGCUUCACAAGGAGCAGGCUCAAGAGAUAAAAACGUAUAAGCUAAAAUUGGAGAAUCUUCAAACAUUGAAAGAUGCUGCAUACAAGCUUCGGGAAAGCAUAUCUCAGGAUCAAGAGAAAACAGAAGCAUUAAAAAGUCAAAUACAGGAGCUAGAACGAAACAUUCAAAAUGUGGAUGCUAAGAUCCAACACAAUGAAGUAACAUUAAAAGAUUUGCGAAAACUUGAGGAUCAGAUAUCAACCAAGACUGCUAAGAGAAGCACUUUAUUCGAGGAAAAGGAGAAACAAUUUGCAGCUCUUGCUGAGGAGAAUCAAGACACAGAUGAACAGUUGGAGGAAUGGAAAAUCAAGUUUGAUGUAAAGAUUACAGAAUCAGAAUAUAAAAUUAACAAGUGGGAGAGGGAAGUGAAUGACACAGAGACAAAAAGUUCUUUGCUUAGGAAGAAAAUUAAUGAAUAUAUCUGGGAUAUCAGCAAGCUUCAAACUGAGGCAGAAGCCCAUGUCUCCUUGUGUAAUGAAAGAGAUUCAAUGAUUCAAAAUCUUUUUGCAAGGCAUAAUUUAGGGUCUGUUCCAAGUACUUCAUUGAGCAAUGAAGUUGCUUUGAACCUCACAAAUCGCAUAAAAUCAAGGCUAAUGGAUCUUGAUAGGGACUUGGAAGAUAAAAAGAAAUCAAAUGAAUUAGAACUUAAGGUGGCAUGGGAUCGCUACAUGGAUGCAAAUGAUCAGUGGAAAGACACUGAGGCUCGAAAACAAGCUAAAGUUGACAGCAAGAGUGGUCUUCUAAAACGUAUUGAAGAGAAGGAAAAUGAACGUGAUUCAUUUGAACUGCAAAUUUCUAACGUGAAUCUGACUGACAUUGAUGAGAAAGAAAAGGACAUGAAAAUUAUGGUUGAGAGAAAGGCAAACCAACUUGCUGAAAGGAAAUUUGACUCAACUAGACGCCAGAAGCAGACUGAGAUAUACACUAUUGAGCAAGAAAUUAAAUCUCUUAAUCGUGAGAAAGAUAUCAUGGCUGCUGAUUCUGUGGACAGAGUUAAACUGUCUUUAAAGAAGGCAGAGUUGGAAAAUCACAAAAAAAAGCAUAAAAAGAUAAUGGAUGAAAUCAAAGAAAGAGUUAAAGGAGUACUAAAAGGAAGGCUUCCUCCUGAGAAGGAUCUGAAAAAAGAAAUUGCUCAAGCCCUAAGGGCUCUUGGAAUGGAGUUUGACGACUUGAGCUCAAAAUCUCGUGAAGCUGAAAAGGAGGUGAAUAUGUUACAGAUGAAAAUACAAGAAGUUAAUAAUAACCUGUCCAAACUUCACAAGGAUAUGGAUUCCAAAAAGAGAUUUAUUGAAUCAAAAGUCCAGUUCUUGGAUCAGCAGUAUGUUAGCAUUGACUCUUAUCUCCAAGUUUUUGAUUCGGCUAAAGAGAAAAGAGAUGUGCAAAAAAGCAAAUACAACAUUGCUGAUGGUAUGCGACAAAUGUUUGAUCCUUUCGAAAGAGUUGCCCGUGCUCAUCACAUUUGUCCUUGCUGUGAGCGCCCUUUCUCAGCUGAAGAGGAAGAUGAUUUUGUUAGAAAGCAAAGGGUGAAGGCUGCAAGUUCUGCAGAGCAUAUGAAAGUGUUGGCUGUGGAGUCCUCUAAUGCUGAUUCCUACUUCCAGCAGUUAGACAAGCUUCGUGUGGUAUAUGAAGAAUAUGCUAAAAUUGGCAAGGAAACAAUUCCUCUUGCAGAGAAAAAGAUGAAUGAACUAAAUGAGGAGUUGGAUCAAAAAUCUCAGGCACUUGAUGAUGUAAUUGUCAAUUCUGGUCUUUUUUAUUUUUUAUUCAUGGUUUUAGAUAUUAUGGUUUUCGCAUGUUAA